GGGCGGCGGCGGAGGCAGCGUCGCUUGUUCCGUGGCCCGGACGGUGCGUGGCGGCGCGGGUGGCCACGGGAGAAGUAGGUAGGGGCCACCCCUGCGGAGCCAUUGAGGCCACUCCCCUUCUCCCGCGGGUCCGGGAGCCGCACCUCCCUGCGCGUGUGGCGGACCCUGGAGACGCCAGGUCACCCUACGGCCCCGGCGCUCCAGCCCGCGCUUCAGGCAUAAUGGUUAUGAAAGCUUCUGUAGAUGAUGAUGAUUCAGGAUGGGAGCUCAGUAUGCCAGAAAAAAUGGAAAAAAGCAAUACAAGCUGGGUGGACAUAACCCAAGAUUUUGAAGACGCUUGUCGAGAAUUAAAGUUGGGAGAACUGCUUCAUGAUAAGCUAUUUGGUCUUUUUGAAGCCAUGUCUGCUAUUGAAAUGAUGGAUCCUAAGAUGGAUGCAGGCAUGAUUGGAAACCAAGUUAAUCGAAAAGUUCUCAAUUUUGAACAAGCUAUCAAGGAUGGCACAAUUAAAAUUAAAGACCUCACCUUGCCCGAAUUGAUAGGGAUAAUGGAUACAUGUUUUUGCUGUUUGAUAACCUGGUUAGAAGGCCAUUCCUUGGCACAGACAGUAUUUACGUGCCUUUACAUUCAUAAUCCAGACUUUAUAGAAGAUCCUGCUAUGAAAGCUUUUGCUCUGGGAAUCUUGAAAAUCUGUGACAUUGCAAGGGAAAAAGUAAAUAAAGCUGCUGUUUUUGAAGAGGAAGAUUUUCAGUCAAUGACUUACGGAUUUAAAAUGGCUAACAGUGUGACGGAUCUUCGAGUUACAGGCAUGUUAAAAGAUGUGGAGGAUGACAUGCAAAGAAGAGUAAAGAGUACUCGAAGUCGACAAGGAGAAGAAAGAGAUCCAGAAGUUGAACUAGAACACCAACAAUGUUUAGCAGUAUUCAGCAGAGUGAAAUUUACUCGAGUGUUACUGACGGUGCUUAUAGCCUUUACUAAGAAAGAGACCAGUGCUGUUGCAGAAGCUCAAAAAUUGAUGGUUCAAGCAGCAGAUCUUCUUUCUGCCAUUCAUAAUUCAUUGCAUCAUGGUAUCCAGGCCCAGAAUGAUACUACGAAAGGAGAUCAUCCAAUUAUGAUGGGUUUUGAGCCCCUUGUUAACCAGAGACUACUUCCCCCGACCUUCCCUCGAUAUGCAAAAAUAAUUAAAAGGGAAGAAAUGGUGAACUAUUUUGCAAGAUUAAUAGAUAGAAUAAAAACUGUCUGUGAAGUUGUGAAUUUAACAAACUUACAUUGUAUACUGGAUUUUUUCUGUGAAUUUAGUGAACAAUCACCAUGUGUUCUUUCAAGGUCUCUGUUACAAACCACUUUCCUGGUGGAUAACAAGAAGGUCUUUGGAACUCAUCUCAUGCAAGACAUGGUGAAAGAUGCACUUCGGUCUUUUGUCAGUCCUCCUGUGCUUUCCCCUAAGUGCUGCCUGUAUAAUAAUCACCAGGCUAAGGACUGUAUUGACUCCUUUGUUACUCACUGUGUUCGGCCAUUCUGUAGUCUUAUUCAGAUCCAUGGGCAUAACAGGGCUCGACAGAGAGAUAAGCUCGGUCAUAUUCUUGAGGAAUUUGCUACCUUGCAGGACGAGGCAGAGAAGGUUGAUGCUGCACUUCACACUAUGCUGUUGAAACAGGAACCACAAAGGCAGCACCUGGCCUGUUUGGGUACCUGGGUCCUUUACCAUAACCUUCGAAUUAUGAUACAGUAUCUUCUAAGUGGUUUUGAAUUGGAACUGUACAGCAUGCACGAGUACUAUUACAUAUAUUGGUAUCUCUCUGAAUUCCUUUAUGCCUGGUUGAUGUCAACAUUGAGUCGUGCUGAUGGCUCUCAGAUGGCAGAGGAGAGGAUAGUGGAAGAGCAGCAGAAAGGCCGCAGCAGUAAGAAAACAAAGAAAAAAAAGAAAGUUCGUCCAUUGAGCCGAGAGAUCACGAUGAGCCAGGCAUAUCAGAACAUGUGUGCCGGAAUGUUUAAAACCAUGGUAGCAUUUGACAUGGAUGGCAAAGUGCGCAAACCCAAGUUCGAGCUUGAUAGUGAACAAGUUCGGUAUGAGCACAGGUUCGCUCCGUUCAACAGUGUGAUGACCCCGCCGCCGGUGCACUACCUGCAGUUCAAGGAAAUGUCUGACCUCAAUAAAUAUAGCCCUCCUCCUCAGUCUCCAGAACUGUAUGUGGCAGCUAGUAAGCACUUUCAGCAGGCAAAAAUGAUAUUGGAAAAUAUCCCAAACCCAGACCAUGAGGUCAAUAGAAUUUUAAAAGUUGCCAAACCCAACUUUGUGGUUAUGAAGUUAUUGGCAGGAGGACACAAAAAGGAAUCUAAGGUUCCUCCUGAAUUUGAUUUCUCUGCUCACAAAUAUUUUCCUGUUGUGAAACUUGUUUGAGAGAGACUGAAAAGAUGAACAUAAAGGGGUAGAAUCUACUUUAGAUUUCACUCUUAGAGGAUACAUCAGUCUUACCACGUAACGUGAAGUGAAAUGCAUUUCUUGGAUAAUGAACCGUCAUAAGGAAUACUUUAGUUUGACAGCCUUAUAUGACAUGAAUGAAAACUGCUGUUUUAAAGUGGUUUAUUAUGUUCCAUGGAUGAAACCGGUCUUAUUGAAUGCAUUGAUGAACGUUGUAUGGUUUUAUUACAGAUUUAAUCAUAAAUCAUUUUUUAUGAAUGCGUGAAAAUAGUGUUUGUAAAGGCUAAUAAAUUUCUUGACAAAAAAUGCACCACUGGAGAUGAAAAACAAUAGCACUUUGAUGCAAGUUAAGAACUGAAGGGGUUUGCUCUUUAACAUUUGAGCAGUUCAAAACAAAUGAUCUUAAUUAAGUUUCAAAUCAAGGGAUUUAUUAAACACUUGUAUGAGAUUUUGGCAAAAUACAUUUAAAAGGGAUUAUUUUGGGACCUCUGAGAUACAAAGGGAGACU